AUGGGCUCUAUCAAUCCUGCCCACGCGCCUCAAUUCGUCGUGAUCGGUGCAGGAUCUCGAGGCAACGCAUAUGCCCGCGCAGUGGAAGCAUCGACUUCCGGAGCGAUCGCUGCUGUCGCCGAAAUCGAUCCUUUCAAAAGAAAAGAGUUCGGGCAGAGAUAUAUAUGGGGGCGGGAAAGCACACCUCAGCAACAUCAAUCCUUCGCGGGUUGGGAAGAAUGGAUUGAGUGGGAAACGCACCGGCGAAGGGACGCAGACGCGGCAGGAAAUAAUGAAUUUGGCUACAUCCCAGUCACAGGUGUCUUCAUAUGUACACUGGACGAAAGCCAUGCACCUAUCAUUCGGGCGCUUGCGCCACUGAAUCUGCACAUCUUGUGUGAGAAGCCAUUGGCGAUCUCAUUGUCAGAUUGCCUGUCCAUCUCGUCAGCUCUCUCCGAAUACCCGCCCAAGGUCGUUUCCAUCGGCCAUGUCCUCCAUUACUCACCACACAAUAUCUUGCUGAGAAAACUCCUUACAUCAGAUAAGGUGAUUGGUGAGAUUGUAUCGAUUGAGCACACCGAGCCUAUCGGAUGGUGGCACUUCUCACAUUCGUACGUGCGUGGCAAUUGGCGCCGGGCCACACCUGAAGGAGUAGGGUCACUCCUGACUAAGUCUGGGCAUGACAUCGAUUUCAUUCUUUGGCUUCUUUGCUCCCCAAGCGCGCUGACUGGUGAUCGACCCCAUCUUCCAUCCACCAUCUCUAGCACGGGGGCGAUAACGCACUUCCGACGGGCAAGGAAACCCAAGAAGGCAGGGCCUUCCACGACGAAUUGUCUGUCUUGUCCUGCCGAGCCUGACUGUAUUUACUCUGCAAAGAAGAUAUACCGUGACAGAUGGCUACGGAAGGAAAAGGAUACUGGCUGGCCGUUGAAGAUUGUCGUGCCUGAGAUUGAAGACAUUGUUCAGCGACAGGGAUGGAAUUCAGCCGAGGAGCGGCUUUUGAAAAGACUCGGAGAAGACUACGAUAAAACCCAAACGUCCGAUGAGGAGAUCGCUAGUAGAAGUUGGUACGGUCGAUGCGUCUACGAAUCUGACAAUAAUGUCGUGGACGAUCAAACUGUGACACUCUCUUGGGAAGAAGACCCUCUUCCAGGCUCCGAAGAAGGGAGAGGUCCAAAGACCGCUGUCUUUCAUAUGACUUACCCCACUCAAUCGCAAUGUGAACGCCGAGGGCGAAUAUAUGGUUCAUUGGGAGAGAUUACCUAUGACUCUCAUACCAUAACAGUCCAUUCUUUUGAAAGUGGUGAAACCACCAUUCAUGACAUACCCAAGCAAGAUCCUGAAGUCGAGAAGAGCCACGGUGGGGGAGAUUGGGGUUUAGCGGGGGCAUUUGUACAAGCUGCUCAGAAUGUUGAUGGUGGCAGCAUGGAUGUUAUCCAGGCACAAAGAGAGUUGGUAGGUUGUGAUCUUGCGGAAAUCAUCCUCAGCCAUGCAGUGGUCUUUGCUGCAGAAGAGGCUCGAAGGGAAAGAAAAGUGGUCCAUUGGGCUCAAUGGUGGGCCAAGAAUGGUCAGAAUGCUGUGGCCUAA